AGGAUUGCGCUUAAAUAGCUUUAAAACCAGCGAUAUGGACGAAUGCGCUAAGAGUACAAAACAAACAUUAGACAACUUAUCACAAGAAGGUGAAGCAACAAAUAUACCUCUUUUCAAGUGUCCUAAUACUGAGCAAACACCUAUCGAUUGUAAUCGCUCCAAUGCGCUUGAUCAAAGCGAUAAUAAGCAGAUAUCGUACCGCACGCAGGACGAUGUUCGGAAGAAUGCAUUUUCCAUCCCAACAAUCGAUGUCACCAAUCCAUACGGAUGCAAGCUUUGCGAAAAACGAUUCCCUGCCAAAAAGAACCUCAACGAACACAUGCAGACUCAUCCCGGCAAACGACCAUUCUGUUGCGAUAUCUGCGGAAAGACAUUUGCCAGACGAAGCGAUGGUACUAAACAUCGGUAUUUACACACCGGAGAGCGGUCGUUCAAGUGUAAAGUUUGCAGUAAAGGCUUCAUAACUAAAUAUAUGCUACUUAAACAUAUGCCUGUUCAUACGGGUGACUAUCGGCAGACGUGCGAUGUGUGCGGUAAAGGAUUCGAUUGCGUUUCCCGCAUGGAGCGACACAAGCGCAUUCAUAGUGGCGAUCACCCUUACAGCAAUAAAAAAUCGAAAAUUAACCAAGCAAAAUGCGACGUGCAGAGCAAUGGAAAUACAUUCAACAGCUCGAAGCGAGCCGCUUCCAUCGAAACCGUAGAUUCUAGGCGACUCCAUGAAUGCGAACUUUGCGGCAAACGAUACGUCGAGAAGUACUACCUCGUCAAACAUAUCCGUGCACAUCGCGGUGAAUUUACUUUUGGCGAAUGCGACGUGUGUGGCCAAGGAUUCAUGAGUAAAGCUACUCUAACGGCGCACAUGCGCAUUCACAGCGGUGAAAGGCCAUUCAAGUGCGAUAUCUGCGGUAAGACAUUCAUCAGAAGCUGUGCCGCUUCUCGCCAUCGGCGUACACACACCGGCGAACAUCCCCACAAGUGUGAUAUUUGUGGGAAAGGAUUCGAUUAUACUACCUUUUUGAAGAUCCAUAAGCGUACUCAUACCGGCGAGCGACCGUACACGUGUGAUAUCUGCGGGAAAGGAUUCGCUGCAAAACAUAAACUAACUAUUCACCUACGUACUCACACAGACACACAACCGCAUCGGUGUGAUAUUUGUGGAAAACAAUUCAACGAUAAUUACUUAUUCGGCCUACACAAAGGAACGCACAAGGGCAUCUACCCCUUCAAGUGUGACAUUUGUGACAAAGGAUUCCUGCAGAAGUCUCAUUUCACAGAGCACAUGCGCGUUCACAGUGGCGAGAGGCCGUUCAAGUGCGAUAUAUGCGGACAGGAUUUUGUGAUGUCCCGAGUACUUAAUCGGCAUAGGCGUUCUCAUGGUGCCGAGCAGUCUUGUAGUUGUGAAAUUUGCAACCAACGAUUCCUCACUCAGCAGGAACUGGACACGCAUACGAGUGAACAUGUCGGUGAGCAAGCACUCCGGUGAAAAAAAAUCUCAUGCUCCAAUCAACCAAAUGUGUGUGAAGUGUCAGGGGGUGUAUGAAGGGCGAAGUUAUUUCAUGAUUUCGUCGUAGAUUUAAUGAGAAAACUUUUAAAUAUAUUCAGUGGAAGAAUUAUUAUACAUUCAGUUAAAUUACAAAAUUAUAUUAUGGUUCAUUGAGGUAAUUAUUAUAAGCGUGCACGGCAUACCCGACAGAAGAAGGUGUGCGAUCAAAAACACUCACUUGACGACGAAAAAAUUUGACUGGCAACUAAGACCGGACGUGGGAAAAAACGUCAAAAGAAGGAAGCGCGCAGCUCGCGAGGGGAAUUCACGUUGUCGUCAUCGGCGCUUGUCGGACCUAUUUAACUGCGGGAAAAUCCGCAUUUUCAGCAUCUUUUUGACAAAGGGUGCCGUCAAUACCUGGUGG